AUGCAAAGUUUAGAGCAAUGUGUAAAUUCCCUAGAAGCGAUUGUGCAUCAAUUAGAUGGCAGCGUAAGUCGGUUGGCUAGAAAUGGAGAGGCGAGCAAUGAGUUGUGUGAAGGGAUACUUAAAAUCAAAAGAGUGUUUGAGCUGGUACCUGAGUAUGAUGUAGAGAGUGCGCGGUUAGCGCUCUUUGAAGAGGUGGACCCAAUGGUGAAAACGCUCGGAGACAAAAUAGAAAAGGCAUUGAUACGGAAGCGUAGGGAACUAGAGAAUUUGAGACAAACCUCUGAGCUGAAUUCAUUGAGAUUGAGUGGUGAUCUGUAUUUCAGCGAAACUGGUAUUGAUAAUCAGGAUAUGGAUGUAAGUACGGAUGCGAUUGCAAUUGCAUCCGCCACAGAUGCAGAACUAGACGAGCUACGAGCAUUAAAGGCGCGAAGAGCAGAGUUGCAAGAAUUAUUGGACGGUAGGUGA